GCCGAUGCGAAUCGGGCUCUAACGACCCUCGGUGCGCUCUGAGACCCUCCAAGGGUCCCGGCGAGCUCGGCCGGCCCCGGGGCUCCGCGCCGGGCUAUCCGUUUGUAACGUCUUUUCUGCUCUCUGCGCCGCUCACCCCCGCCCGGCCGGGAGCAGCCGCUUUUGUAUGCCUUUGUAUGUAAGUCGGUGGUCGGCGGUUCCGAGCUUUGUCUCCGAACCGAGCGUUCGGAGCCGGCGUUAGGCUCUUCCACCCUUGAUUUUAUGAACUGCCAUUAUUAUUACUGUCCCUUUGAGAGGCGUUCUUCUUUGCGAGAAAGGAGAUCCGACGAGAGAGGUUUGGUUCUUGUUUGAUAUUUUAUGCAUGGGGUUUGUAAGGAAGGCGAUAACUGUCGAUACUCUCAUGACCUCUCUGACAGUCCAUACGGUGUAGUGUGCAAGUAUUUUCAAAGAGGGUACUGUGUUUAUGGAGACCGCUGCAGAUACGAACACAGCAAGCCACUGAAACAGGAAGAAGUGACUGCUACAGAUCUGAGUGCAAAACCAUCCCUCGCUGCUUCUUCAAGUCUCUCUUCUGGUGUUGGAUCACUUGCCGAAAUGAAUUCAGGCGAAGCUGAGUCACGAAACCCAAACUUUCCAACUGUAGGAGCAGGUUCAGAGGACUGGGUGAAUGCCAUUGAGUUUGUCCCUGGGCAGCCCUACUGUGGCCGUACUGCCCCUUCCUGCACUGAAGUACCCCCGCAGGGUUCAGUGACCAAGGAAGAGUCAGAGAAGGAGCCAACUACGGUGGAGACAAAGAAGCAGCUUUGCCCCUAUGCUGCAGUGGGAGAGUGUCGCUAUGGGGAAAACUGUGUGUAUCUCCACGGAGACUCGUGUGACAUGUGUGGCCUGCAGGUCCUACACCCAGUGGAUGCUGCCCAGAGGUCACAGCACAUAAAAUCUUGCAUUGAGGCCCAUGAGAAGGACAUGGAGCUCUCUUUUGCUGUUCAGCGCAGCAAGGACAUGGUGUGUGGGAUCUGCAUGGAGGUGGUCUAUGAGAAAGCCAACCCCAGCGAGCGUCGCUUUGGGAUCCUCUCCAACUGCAACCACACCUACUGUCUCAAGUGUAUUCGCAAGUGGAGAAGUGCUAAACAAUUUGAGAGCAAGAUCAUAAAGUCCUGCCCCGAAUGCCGGAUCACAUCUAACUUUGUCAUUCCAAGUGAGUACUGGGUGGAGGAGAAAGAAGAGAAGCAGAAACUCAUUCAGAAAUACAAGGAGGCCAUGAGCAACAAGGCAUGCAGGUAUUUUGAUGAAGGACGUGGGAGCUGCCCAUUUGGAGGGAACUGUUUUUACAAGCAUGCGUACCCUGAUGGCCGUAGAGAGGAGCCACAGAGACAGAAAGUGGGAACAUCAAGCAGAUACCGGGCCCAACGAAGGAGCCACUUCUGGGAGCUCAUUGAGGAGAGAGAGAACAACCCCUUUGACAACGACGAAGAGGAGGUUGUCACCUUUGAGCUGGGCGAGAUGUUGCUUAUGCUUUUGGCUGCAGGUGGGGACGACGAGCUGACAGACUCUGAGGACGAGUGGGACUUGUUUCACGAUGAGCUGGAGGACUUUUAUGACUUGGAUCUAUAGCAGCGUUGCGUGGCGCGGGCACUGGUCUGCGGAGCCUCAGACAGUAGCUGUCCCCUGUGCUGUGUGGCAGUGCGUGUGGCUCUCCUAGGCAGGCCUCUCAAACUCCAGGUGCUGCGAUCACUACCCAGGGCCUGUUCCUCCACCCUCCCCUUCCCCCAAGAGUGUGGUGUUUUCUCUGUUUCAAAAGUUACAAAAAUAAAUCUUAAAGUUAGUUUUUUUGUAACAUGAAUUUAACUGUCAGACAGUUAGUGUAGGUUUGUUGCGCCAUCUGUCCUCAGCCAGGUUGUGUUCAUGGACUUCGCACACUCAUUCUGAGACCCCUUUGAGGUUCAAAGGAAAAAGCACUGAUUGCUUUGGGGUCCAAGGAUAGGGGCAAUUGGGGAAAAAGGGACCUAAGUCGCUCUCUGCGCUAGAUGUAGAAGGGCUCCCCGAGGUUUCUGGGAGAUCUGCACCUUCAUGGUUUAUAGCUGUUCCCUACCCUGUAAUCCCCAUCACAUGUGCUUGUCCUGUGGGUUUGGGUUCUUGUUCAGUUGCACGCAAGAAAUACUACUGGGUAACCAGAACCAGGUGCAAAUGUGUUGAGGUUAACCUGAGAAAAAUGUAAAAACAGGGAGGAUGCAGUGGCAUUCCAUCAGUACAGAGCUGGCAGCUAACUCCCAAGGGUCGAUGGACUUGGUGGGCGAGCACGAGCGAGCAUGUGAGCAGCUUCCUUCCCAUCUGUGCAUAGGUGCAGUAUUCUUAGCUUUAGUGGGCAGAUGUGGGUUAGUGGUUUCAGCCACAUGUGUCGGUAGAUCUUAAAGGACCAAGCAGUAUGUCAGUAGUUGUUAACGUAGCAGUAGCUGUCUGUCUGUAUGCUAGAGAAAUGGGAUCAGCUGUAGAGGUUAAACGACCUGCUUGUCCCUCUCUCAGUACAAGCUGGGUCUUGGACACACUGAUGUUUUGAAUGUUUUACAGUCUAGCCUUUUCAGUCAGGCACUUUUUGGAAAAAACUUUGUCCUCAUUUGAGGGGGCCUGUUGUGAGGUUCUGUGCUUGUUUUUGUGGGCAUCUGCCUCAUUCCAUCCCUGAGCUUUGACAGGAAGACAGGCGGAUUCCAAACUGAGGUGCUGGUUGUACUAGAGGUAUCUGUCGGUUUGCAGAAGUAAUGAACCCUUCUCCACCGAAGAAAAGGGAGGGUGCGGCCACCCACAAGACAAGCAAAAGUUAAGUUGCUUAAAUUCCUUGGCGGGAAUUUCACCUUUGCAUUUUGUUGCUCUCUUUCCUGAAAUAACGUGGGGGAUGCUCUGAUGUGUCCCUCUGCUUUGCUUCCGCGGACUCACCCAGUCUUAAAAACACGUCAUCAUUGCAGAGGCCUCUGUAUUUUGCAGCUGCCCUUUUGUAAGAAGCACUUUUCCCAAAUAAAACGAUUUAAAAAAAAAA